UUCAAGCUUUCCUGGCUGUACCCCGACACCGUUACCUUGGGUUUCUGGUGGGUGGGGGUUUCCAAGGUAACCGUAGAGCGGGGUGGGUCCCAGGUUGUAGAAAGCGAAGCCCGGAAGUGACGUAUUUACCAUGCGCCCACGGUAAGAGGCUUCGAAGAUGGCGGCGCGCAAAGGCCGGAGGCGCACGUGUGAAUCCAGGGAGCCCAUGGAGACCGAGUCCUGUGACCCAGGUUCCGAGGGCCCGCCUCAGGUCUACCUUCCCGGCCGGGGCCCGCCGCUGCGUGAAGGAGAAGAACUGGUCAUGGACGAGGAGGCCUACGUGCUGUACCACCGUGCGCAGACCGGCGCCCCGUGUCUCAGUUUUGACAUAGUCCGAGAUCACUUGGGCGACAACCGGACAGAGCUCCCUCUUACGCUCUACCUGUGUGCGGGAACACAGGCCGAGAGCGCCCAGAGCAACAGACUCAUGAUGCUUCGCAUGCACAAUCUGCAUGGGACCAAGCCCCCACCCUCAGAGGGCAGUGAUGAGGACGAUGACGAUGAAGAGGAUGAAGAAGAGCAGAAGCCUCAGCUGGAGCUGGCCAUGGUUCCCCACUAUGGUGGCAUCAAUCGAGUUCGGGUGUCAUGGCUAGGUGAGGAGCCUGUGGCUGGGGUGUGGUCAGAGAAGGGGCAGGUGGAGGUGUUCGCACUACGGCGUCUCCUGCAGGUGGUGGAUGACCCCCACGCCCUGGCAGUCUUCCUUCGGGAUGAGCAGGCCAGAGUGAAACCAAUCUUCUCCUUUGCUGGCCACAUGGGUGAGGGCUUUGCUCUGGACUGGUCCCCCCGUGUGCCUGGUCGUUUGCUAACUGGUGACUGUCAGAAGAAUAUUCAUCUUUGGACACCAACAGAUGGAGGCUCCUGGCAUGUGGACCAGAGGCCUUUUGUGGGACACACACGUUCUGUGGAGGAUCUGCAGUGGUCACCAACGGAGGACACGGUGUUCGCCUCUUGCUCAGCUGAUGCCUCUAUUCGCAUCUGGGACAUCCGGGCAGCCCCAGGCAAGGCCUGCAUGCUCACCACAGCCACUGCCCAUGAUGGGGAUGUCAAUGUCAUCAGUUGGAGCCGCCGGGAACCCUUCUUGCUUAGUGGCGGGGAUGAUGGGGCCCUCAAGGUCUGGGACCUGCGGCAGUUCAAGUCUGGCUCCCCAGUGGCCACCUUCAAGCAGCAUGUAGCCCCUGUGACCUCCGUGGAGUGGCACCCUCAGGACGGUGGGGUCUUUGCAGCCUCAGGUGCCGACAACCAAAUCACACAGUGGGACCUGGCAGUCGAGCGAGACUCAGAAGCAGGUGAGGCAGAGGCCGACCCAGAGCUGGCAGCACUCCCCCAGCAGCUACUCUUUGUGCACCAGGGUGAGACGGACCUGAAGGAGCUGCACUGGCACCCACAGUGCCCCGGGGUCCUGAUCAGCACUGCGCUGUCUGGCUUCACUGUCUUCCGCACCAUCAGUGUCUGAGGUUCGGCCUCACCUUGGCUGUGCUGAACUGGAGUGUGUCCCCAGGUGGGAUAUGUCACACAAAUGGAUAUGGACAGCCCCCAAGCAAGAUCUUGUUUGGCUCACUGGAACCUUACAAGAUGGAGUCUCCUGAGCUCAUGGACCUUAGAAGACUCAGUUUGAUCCUCUGUUUUGUAUGCCACGAAUACCAGAAACCUGGCUUGGGUAAAGACUCCACCUGUCACAAGGCUUGGGGGUCCAGCUGUGGUCUCCAUGUGGGAUUUUCUUCAGCUUUAACACCUUGCUUGACUUUGACUUCUGGCUCCGAUCCAGUUCUGGCUGUUGGUUGCACCAGGGACUUCAAGGGCUUUGCUGUGGCUGGGCCAAGUUUGACAUCUUAGUUCUUCCAUUUUGCCCCUUGCCAUCUGGUGGGCUUGGCUGAGACCUGUGGAGGGGCAGCGCAGGCUCCCCUCCUCUCUGUCCUGCUACCUAGCCCUGUGCCGGUGGAGGAAUAAGACUAGUGAGGGAGCCAGGCACACGCCUGUAAUCCCAGCAUUUGGGAGGCAGAGGUAGGAGGAUCACUGUGAGUUCAAAGCCACCCUGAGACUACACAGUGAAUUCCAGGUCAGCCUGGCUAGACUGAGGCCCUACCUCG